UUUACCCCACUCCCCUCCUUGGGCCCAUUUGGGUCUGAGCCCAGUGCCUUGAUGCACUCGUUAAGGGUUAACCCUGGCUUAGGCUAUUCAAAUACCAGCACCCAGCUUGUUUGUUCAGGUAAAUAAGGAAGGAAUUGGAUAUAAUGGGCAAAGGAGGCAUUUCCUGAGCUGAGCACCUUGUAUUCAUUGCCGGCUUCCCCUCGCAUGCUUUGGCUGGCUUCACCCACCCACCACCCUCAGAGCCGCCUGGGGUGCCCUGUCCUCAUCCAUAUGCCCUGUCCCCAUCCUGCAGUGGGGCUACAGGGACGGCACUGAGCAGGGCCGGGUGCUGCUGGCCGCCCUCCCUGCCGGUGCUGGGGCACCCUGCCUUGGGCCAUGCGUGCGGAGCACCACAGGGAUGGCUCUUCCCCCCCUGCGCUGGGACCUCUGCGGUUUCUGAGCCUCAAGCAGGGUCGGAGCCGGUGCUGAGCUCAGCAAUGGGCAGCGCCAGCCCCACGCUGAGCGCUCUGCCCCCCGGCCGCCUCGCCUGGCUGGACACUGCCCCACGGGACCCCCAUAACCAGAGCUGGGGCUGCCCGAGCCCCCCCUCAGCCCCUCAACAGCCCCUGCCCGCUGUGUGCCUGCACUACUUCGACGUGGUUUACUCCGAGGACGUUGCCUGGACCACCGAGGACGUUGCCUGGACCACCAAGGACCUGGGGGAGCCAUCCCAAAGCGGUGCCCAAGGUGGGCAAGGGGAGGCACAGAAGGAACCGGAGCAAUGUCCCAUCAUUGACAGCCAGGGCUUGGGGCUGGGGGCCGAGGGGGACCUGCAGGCCAGCCUGCCCCUGGAGGAGCACUCACUGGAGCAGGUACAGAGCAUGGUGGUGGGCGAAGUGCUGAAGGACAUCGAGACGGCCUGCAAGCUGCUCAACAUCGCUGCAGACCCCGUGGACUGGAGCCCCGGCAACGUGCAGAAGUGGAUCCUAUGGACGGAGCACCAGUACCGGCUGCCGCAGAUGGGGAAGUCCUUCGAGGAGCUGUCGGGAAAGGACCUGUGUGACAUGUCCGAGGAGCAGUUCUGCCAGCGCUCCCCUGCCUGUGGGGACAUCCUGCAUGCACACCUCGACAUCUGGAAGUCCGCUGCCUGUAUGAAGGAAAAAGCCAGCCCGGAAGAUGGGAGAUACUGUGUAGGAGGUGAUGCUGCCCAGGCAGACAGCGAGGUGGACUCAUCCUGCACUGGCCAACCCAUCCACCUCUGGCAGUUCCUCAAAGAGCUGCUGCUGAAACCCCACAACUACGGCCGCUUCAUCCGCUGGCUCAACAAGGAGAAGGGCAUCUUCAAGAUCGAGGACUCGGCACAAGUGGCGCGCCUGUGGGGCAUCCGCAAGAACCGCCCGGCCAUGAACUACGACAAACUGAGCCGCUCCAUCCGGCAGUAUUACAAGAAAGGCAUCAUCCGGAAGCCAAACAUCUCCCAGCGCCUGGUCUACCAGUUCGUGCACCCGGUCUGAGGGGAGGCACCCGCGCCCCGGCAGGGACAGGGCACCCUCGCUGCCUUCCCCUGCCUCCCAGCCACAGAAACCAUCUGCCAGCGCCAAGGACCGGGGUGCUGAGGGGCUCCAUCCCACUGCCAAUGGACCGCGGGACUCCUGUCAGCACCCAGCCUUGGAGAGGAGGGAUAAGCCCCCGGCUAAGGGAUAAGCACCAGUGUGGGGUUGAUGGGGGGGAGAUAAAGGCAGAUUAAAUCUGUGCCUGUCAUGGGGCUCCCCACAACCUUGGUGCUCUUUGCCAGGGA